CCAGUACGUCGUUGAUUUCUCCAACUGCACAGUUCUUAUGUUUUCCUCUUAUAUUUAUUCAACACGCAGUACACCAUCGUGUAAGACUUCCAUUCGUAAACAUAGGUACAAGCAAAUGAAGCCAACUCUCUCAGCUUCCUCCCCUCUUCUACGGAAGGCUCGUCUCUCUCCCUACCUGUUCACCUUACUAUCUUUCAUUUUUUUGGUCGCCGUUCUCUACGGCGAGGACUUCAUUUGCCUUUUCAGCCAACCAAUCCAACUCGCGCCGCCUCCGACCAGGACCAACCUGCCCCCCCGAACCGAGAAGAAGUGGGAGAAAUUGCCGUUCGCAAUAGGAAAGAACGAGGAAGGAUGUGACGUGUUCAGCGGGAGGUGGGUUCGGGACGAGUCGAAUCGGCCUCAUUACCAAGAAUCGGACUGUCCGUACAUACAGCCACAGUUGACCUGCCAGGAACACGGACGACCCGAGAAGGAAUAUCAGUUUUGGAGAUGGCAACCCCACGAUUGCUCUCUUCCCAGUUUCAAUGCCACAUUGAUGCUCGAGACACUCCGAGGAAAGAGGAUGAUGUUUGUUGGGGAUUCCCUCAACCGGGGUCAAUAUGUUUCAUUUGUUUGUCUUCUCCAUUCAAUUAUAGCCGAGGAUGCCAAAUCCAUGGAAACUUUUGAUUCACUCACCGUUUUCACAGCCAAGGAAUACAAUGCCACAAUCGAGUUCUAUUGGGCACCAUUUCUUCUAGAAUCAAACGCAGACAAUGCUGUUGUUCAUAGAAUAUCUGAUAGGAUUGUUAGGAAAGGUUCAAUCAAUAAGCAUGGCCGACAUUGGAAAGGUGUUGAUAUAUUAGUAUUCAAUACCUAUCUUUGGUGGAUGACUGGCUUGAAGAUGAAGAUAUUACUGGGAUCUUUCAAUGAUGACGUGAAAGAAAUUAUUGAGUUGUCGACUGAGGAUGCUUAUCGAAUGGCAAUGAAAAGUAUGUUGAGAUGGGUGCAGAAGAACAUGGACCCUAAGAAGACAAGGGUCUUCUUCACCAGCAUGUCGCCUUCUCAUGCAAAGAGUAUAGACUGGCGAGGUGAACCAGGCCACAACUGUUACAAUGAGACAACACUGAUUGAAGAUCAAAAUUAUUGGAGUUCAGAUUGCCAAAAAAGCAUAAUGCAUGUGAUUGGAGAAGUAUUUGAUAAAUCGAAGUUUCCCGUUACAUUUCUCAAUAUCACCCAACUCUCAGGUUAUCGGAAAGACGCCCACACUUCAAUCUACAAGAAGCAAUGGAACCCAUUGACUCCAGAACAGUUAGCAAACCCUGUUAGUUAUGCAGAUUGUGCGCAUUGGUGUUUGCCUGGCCUUCAAGACACUUGGAAUGAACUUCUUUUUGUCAAGCUAUUCUAUCCUUAACCAUUGAUGCAUGCAUAUAUAUAUAUAGAUCAUGCGAUCGAAUUUUAUCUUGAUCAAAA